AUGGCGUGGCCAAACAAGAACAAAGACAUGCAAUAUCGCCGUGUAGGAAAUUCAGGCUUACAUGUAUCCGCCCUUGGAUUAGGAGGAUGGUUAACGUUUGGAGGCCAUGUGGAAAACCAGACGGCUUUUGAUUGCAUGAAGCAGGCUUAUGAUUGCGGUAUCAAUCUUUUUGACACAGCGGAGAGUUAUGCCAAUGGUCAAUCCGAAGUCGUCAUGGGACAAGCCAUCAAGAAGUUUGGCUGGAAGCGCAGCGAUCUGGUUAUCACCACCAAGCUAAACUGGGGUCUUGCAAAUGGCGAAAUCCUGAUCAAUAACCACGGCCUUUCACGGAAACACAUUGUCGAGGGUGCGCGGGCUUCUUUGGAGCGACUGCAGCUCGAAUACGUUGACAUCAUUUACGCGCAUCGCCCGGAUCGCCUGACGCCCAUGGAAGAGACCGUCCGUGCCUUUAAUUACGUUAUUGAAAGGGGCUGGGCAUUUUACUGGGGAACUUCGGAAUGGUCUGCAGAUGAGAUCACCGAAGCUUGCGGAAUAGCCAAGUCCUUGGGUCUUAUCGCGCCCAUUGUUGAGCAGCCCCUGUAUAACAUGUUGGAUCGGGACAGGGUCGAAGGACAGUUCCAGCGGAUAUACUCACGCUGCGGAAUUGGGCUCACCACUUUCUCUCCGUUGAAGAUGGGUCUAUUGAGCGGCAAGUAUAACAAUGCGACAUCAGGGCCUCCGGCAGGCUCACGAUUCGCCGAGAGCAACGACAAGUUUGCAAACAGUGUCCGGACUGACUGGGAGAACGAGAAGUGGGCUGGAAACAUUCGCAAGAUUGCUGGGCUUAAGGAAUUAGCGGAUAGGCUGGGAGUCAAACUCUCCCAGCUGGCACUGGCAUGGUGUCUGAAGAAUGAGAAUGUUGCGUCGGUGAUCACAGGUGCUUCGAGGCCAGAGCAGAUUGUCGACAAUGUACAAAGCUUGAAGCUUUUGCCGACGCUGACUCCUGAAAUCAUGGCAGAGGUUGACGAGUGCCUGCUUAACAAGCCUACUCAGGACCCUGCCAGACAGGACUGA